UCGACGUCACGUUUUGCUUCACCAUCUCUUUCUAUCUCUAAGAGGGGAAAAACCCUAGUUUUCAAUCUCCACCGUCCAGUUUUUCCUUCUGAGACUUCUUGUCUGAUAGGGCAUUCGCAGAUCUGGUGUUUCCUGUUUCAUGUGAGAAAAGUUUUGUUGAGAUUGAUGGAUGAUGAUCGGGCAGAUGGAUAAGACAUCUGAUCUUUCGUCAAGGGAGCGUGCACAGUCCAUACUCGAUAAGACUGUCAAGUUGGAAAGCAAGCGUCGGAAGGCUGCCCAGGCUCGACUUCCAUCUGAUCCAAAUGCGUGGCAGCAAAUUCGGGAGAAUUAUGAAGCGAUAAUUCUUGAGGAUCAUACUUUUUCUGAGCAGCACAGCAUCGAGUAUAAUUUAUGGCAGUUGCAUUACAAACGUAUUGAAGAGUUCAGAGCACACUUCAAUGUCCUGUCUUCUGGCAGCUCAAAUACAGCCCAAAAUGUCAAAGGUCCCAUCAGACCUGACCGAGUUGCGAAGCUCAGACUGCAGUUUAAAACAUUCCUGUCAGAAGCAGCUGGGUUUUACCAUGAUCUUAUUUUAAAAAUUAGGUCAAAAUAUGGUCUCCCCAUGGGAUAUUUCUCUGAGGAUCCAGAGAAGUCAGCAGAAGUUAAGAAAGCGUUCGUGUCUUGCCACCGGUGCUUAAUAUACCUGGGUGACCUUGCCCGGUAUAAAGGAUUGUAUGGGGAGGGGGAUUCUAAGAACAGGGAGUAUGCUGCUGCUUCAAGUUAUUACCUGCAAGCUGCUUCCCUAUUGCCAGCCAGCGGAAACCCACACCAUCAGCUUGCUAUAAUAUCCUCUUAUUCAGGGGAUGAGUUGGCGGCUGUUUAUCGUUAUUUCCGGAGUUUGGCUGUGGAGAGCCCCUUUCCUACUGCCCGUGACAACUUGAUUGUUGCAUUUGAAAAGAACCGUCAGAAUUACACUCAGCUGCUUAUGAUGGUUAAGGAUUCAUCUAGAAAGCCAAAUGGUAAAGGAAGACGCAAAGGGGAAGAUCUUUCAUUGAAAGAUGCAAAUUUGGUAGUUGGUCCUGAGAAGGAUAUAAUACCAAAUGCAAAUGAGAUGCUCAAAACAUUUUGCACUAGAUUUGUCCGCCUUAACGGGAUUAUUUUUACUCGUACAAGCUUGGAGAUGUUCUCUGAAGUUCUUGACUCCACUAUCAACAGCUUACAAGAGCUGCUUUCUUCAGGCCCAGCGGAGGAGUUGAAUUUCGGUGCAGAUGUCACUGACAAUGCAGUUUUCAUUGUUAGACUUGUGGCGAUUCUGAUAUUCAGCGUUCAUAAUUCAAAGAAAGAAACAGCAAGUCAGACGUAUGCAGAAAUCGUACAGGGUGCUGUGCUUGCCAAAAAUUCCUUAACAGCAUGCUUCAAGUUACUUGGACUAGUAGUAGACCGGUGUGUUCAGCUUCGCGAACCUUCAUCAAGUUACUUCUUGCCUGGUGUCCUAGUCUUUGUUGAAUGGUUGGCAUGUUAUCCUGAUAUUGCGGCGGGCAGCGAUCCAGAUGAGAAGCAGAUUGCUGUUCGGUCUAACUUCUGGAACCAGUGCAUUGCCUUCUUGAAUCGAAUAUUGUCGCUUGGGCCGAUGCUUAUUGAUGCUGAGGAAGAUGAGACUUGCUUCUCAAACAUGAGCAGAUAUGAUGAAAGGGAAACUGAAAACCGACUUGCGCUAUUUGAGGACUGUGAACUAAGAGGAUUCUUGCCAUUGCUUCCUGCUCAAGCUGUUCUUGACUUCACCAGGAAUCAUUCCUUUGGAAGUGAAGGUCCCAAAGAAAAGAAAGCUCGUAUCAAGAGGAUUUUGGCAGCAGGGAAAGCUUUGACCAGUGUGAUAAAAAUAGAUCAAAAUCCUGUGUACUUCGACUCGAAGAAGAAGGAAUUUCUGGUUGGUGUAAAACCGUCAGACAAUUUCUUGCUUGAUUCAUAUCCAAGCCUGCCAGACGCUAAUAACACUCUGCAAGAUCACCAAAUGAUCAUGGAUCUGAAUUCAUCAGUGAUGCAACAAGGUCACCCCUACCUGGAUGAGGAGGAUGAGGAUGAAGUAAUUGUUUUUAAGCCUAUGGUUUCUGAGAAGAGAAUAGGUGCCCCUGAUCAAAUAUAUGAGCCAAAUGUGAGCAUAAGAAAACCUGAUCAAGGUGCUUCAAUUGGGGAUCUGAAAUCUUUGGGUGGUUCUCGCUCAGCUUCUCAUGACAAUCUCCUUGUACAAGCCAGUGCCAGCACGAGUUUCCAGUUACCUGUAUCUGUUGUUGGGUCUAACCUUCUGGCUCAUCUUCAACCUGCUCAGUCGCAGGUUCAGCAUCUGCAACAGUGUCAAACACAAGUGAUGCCUCAACUGCCAGCACAAUCGCAGGUUGGUCAUCUUCAACCAACCCAAUCACAGAUUGCACACUUUCCACUAUCCCAUUUACAGGCCUGCAAGCGGUUACCAGAGGAUGCUGCUUCUCUUGCUGGAAAUCUAUCAGGGUUAAAUCUCAUAGGUAAUGGUCAUAUGAUGAAUGAGAUGCAAGGGAAUCAUGGCAUUUCUUAUCACCCUGCUCCUUCAUUGCCGAUUCACCAGUCCUUCAAUGUCAAUAGUAUAAGUGGUGUGCCAUAUCCUCAAUCACGAGCUACUGAAGCUGUGCUGAUGUCCAAAGUUGACGCUGUUUCAUCUUCUGGGGUUAUUGCUGAUGGUAUGGGUGUCCAUACUUCUCUAACGAGAAAAAAUCCAAUCAGCAGGCCCGUUAGGCAUCUUGGGCCUCCGCCUGGGUUCAACUCAAUCCCUUCUAAGGCGCCAAAGGAGUUGAUGUCUAGUUCAGAUCUGUCUGGCAGUAAUCCGCUGGUUGAUGAUUAUAGGUGGUUGGACGGAUAUCAACCUCAAUCUACCAGAGGUGUUGGGCUCAGUAAUUCUUUGAAUUACCCUCUUCCUGGGAAAUCUGAAUAUGUAAGUAUCAGCAAUGGCCUGAACGGGACUGUCAAUUUCCCCUUCCCUGGAAAACAAGUUCCAACGUCGCAGGUUCAAGCGGAUAUUCAGAAAGGGUGGCAGGCUUAUCAGCAACUUCAGCAACAGCAACUUGUGAACGGAAACCAGCAAUCAUCAGCUCAGCUCCCUGAGCAAUAUCAAGGACAGUCAAGCUGGCCCGGUCGUUCCUUUGUGUGAGAUCGGUAAAGAGUAAACACGGUUAUGUGGGAAUGAUUCUGGUGAGUGUAACCUGAAUGUUUUUGCUACCAAACUUCAACUCUGAUGAGCCUUGUUCUGCUGGAGUCAUCUUAUGGCUUUUGGGCUUAUUGAGGGCACUUGCUACCGGACUGGCAGAGACUUGAGGACAACUCAUGUUGGUGGUUUGGAGGGAGAUUGUGGGGAGAAGAAGAGGACACAUUCUGCAUUGGUCUUGCGUGCGGGAAUUCAUUUAGGAGUAAAAGUUGCCUUGUCUUGUUGCUACCCCCCCGACAUGUCAGUGAGAAAGGGAUCGUACCCCCCACACUAGCCCCCCCGAUGCUCUCAGCGAGUUUGGGGGUGUGGGGGACUUGGAACCAUAUGGUGGCUUCACCACACCAAAUGGGCUUUAUCUUAUUUAAUACUCGCAAGAGAGAAAAAAAAGUACACUUAUUAGCUAUUUCGCAAGUCAUGGUCACGCCCAACUCUUUAUCUCCCUUUUUUUUUGGUCUUUCGUGUGUCGUCGUUGCUGGAAGCUUAAAGAGCCGUAUGGUAUGGCUACCGGAUUGAUGAAUAAAUGGUGGUUUGUGGUCUUUGGUUUUUUUUUUUUUUUUUUGUGUGGGAUUUGUUACUGAAAUUGCUGUUGGAGAUAUGGAUCGUCUUGUGUUUCUCUGA